AUGCCGCGGCUGCCCCUCCUCCUCAAGAUAGCCGCGGCGGCGGCUGCCGGGGCGCUGGCGCUCAUUGUCGCGGCGCGCCUCCGCAGGGAGGACGCCGUGGCCUCCCUCCGCCGGGAGAUCCGCGAGGCGCUCGGGGCACUCGCCGCCGCCGACGAGGACGGCGGCGACGGGAGCGACGGCGAAGGCGCCAAGGAGGACGCCUCCCCGCCGCCGCCGUCCGUGCUGAUCACGGGGUUCCGUGCCCACGGCAAGAGCUCGCUGGUCAACACGGCGUGCCGGGCGCUGGCGGCCGAGGAGGGCCCGCUGCUGCUGCGCGCGGAGGCGUCGCCGCCCGGCGGCGGGACCGACGGGCCCAGGCGGCGCCGGAGGGUCAAGGCCGUGGUGGCCGGGGCCGACGGCGACGGCGCGGGGGCGCGGGAGGGUGACGUGGUGGAGCUGCUGGACGCGCCGCCGCUCCCCGAGGCGGUUAGGCUGACGAGGGAGGACAUCGACGCCGCCAUCAGCGGCGGGGACCCUGAGUGCGUUGUGUUCGUUCUGCGCUGCGACGCACCCACCAAGGAGCGGAACGCCGCCAUCAAGCGCCUCCCGGAGAUUUCUGCCGCCGUCCGAAACAAAGGGCUUAAUUUGAUCAUCGUAUUGACUUUUAAGAAGGCCAUGAGAUCCAUUAGGCAGGCCGAAGAGCUUCUACGGGAGGUUUCGUUCAGGGCUAGAACUGAUUGCGUCUACUUCAUUGAGAACUACACCUGGAGCAACAAUGGGCCCAACCUCCACCACCCCCCUGUCAUCAAGAACGACUUUGAGACUCAUUUCACGGUGCUGACAAUCAUUCGACAGUGUCUUGAGUUCAUCAAGCUAAAUAGGAGCCAGUCCAAGGACAAGAAAAAGAAUGGCAAGCAGGAAAAAACACCCGAGCCUAAACCUAAGAAUCCACCCACAGAAACUAAGCAGUACCGGAAAUCCAACGACUCCAGUGUAAGACUUUUCUUCAACAGUUCAGAAACUUGA